AUGAACCACGGUACCAGCAAUAAAGCUGUUCCUGGGCUUUUUCCUGAACUCCAUUACCAGGAUGCAAGGGACAAGCCUUACGAGCCAGCAUGUGAAGCAACUUCUGUGGAUUCCACAGUUUUCAAGCAAAUGGUUAAUGAACUUCCUAAAGACUACGAGCUGGAUAUGAAGCAAGAUGCGUUCUACUUGACGCGGAAGUACCUUACUGAAAUGGGAAACGGGGGCGGUGGUCAACAAGUUACGUAUACGACUUUCCAAGAAUACGACGACACAGUUAGGCGGGAGUUUGAGAUGCGCCAGAGACUGCGCGAGCUUGAAAGCGCACUUUCAAACAACGGCAUCAAACUCAAAAGACUGGACGAUAUGAACGCACUAUAUACCCGCGACGCGGCAAAACGCAAUGAGCGGUUAAAUUCUUUCGUGAAAGCUGUCCGCAAAAUAUACCGCCAUAGGAGGCGAUCCACGAGCCACGAGCACGCGAGCUUACAAAUCGGCCCACAGAAGUCGAACCUCACCACUGUGAUAGACAACAUAAAGCCAGAAUGUGGCUUUAUAGAUGUUCAGUUUGAAAAGAACUUGAUAGAGUUCAAGGAGGAGCUUGAAACAGGACCAAUUGUUUCCAUUGAGGGUGUGGAAGAGCCACAGGGCUCUCCCCGUAAGCCUGCCAGCCAUUACAUAAUCCGACGCAAACUUAGGGUUCGGCAUCUGCAAAUGAUUUCUCUGGGGGCCACUAUUGGCGUCGGGCUCUUCCUGAAUUCUGGGAAAGCCUUUUCUAUUGCAGGUCCAAUAGGGGCGUUAAUAGGAUUCACCGUUGGAGGCAGUCUUAUCCUUGCCACGUUAUUCUCUUUCGCCGAGAUGGUGGCACUCAUUCCGCUCAUCACGGGCAUUUCAGGAUUAUGCUCGAGGUUUGUCGGGGACUCCUUUGGCUUCAGUGUGGGCUGGUGCCACUGGCUAUCGUACGCCAUGGGUUUUCCGUCUGAAGUCAUCGCGUCGACGAUAAUGCUGUCGUACUACAAGAACAUGGAGGAAGUAGCGACAAAAAAAUCAACAACUGCCCUUACGAUUACAGCUAUAGUUGUUGGCUCAACGGCUAUAAACCUUAUGGACGUGAGAGUGUAUGGAGAGUUUGAAUACUUUUCUAGUGCUUUCAAGCUCCUUGUUGUGUUCCUCCUCAUAAUAAUAAUGAUAGUGAUGAACGCCGGAGGCCUCAAGAACGAAUACAUAGGGUUCCGCUACUGGAACAGUAACAAGUCCCCGAUAAGUGAGGUGACAUUCGGGCCCUUCAGGCCCACCUUUGACUUACAGGACAAGGGAUUUGGAUCUCGAAAUGGUGUGCCAGGCUUUGGCGGCGUUGUCCUGAGUUGCAUUGCCUCGUCCCUUGCGUCUGCAUUCGCGUACGUGGGCUCCGAAAUUGGUUUUAUUGCGGCCGGAGAAGCCAGGAAUCCGAGAAAGGCAGUACCUUCGGUUACAAAGAGAAUAUUCACGAGAGUGAUUGUGUUUUACCUACUGUCUAUUUUUGUUGUUGGGCUGAAUAUUUACUCGGGAGACCCACGUCUGCUACGAUUCAAUAACGCGGCUUCGAGCAUCGCAGAAGUGAACAACGGGGAUAGUGGGUAUCAAGCCAUAAUUGAUGCGUUGGGGGGUUCCAAUUGCCAGCGGCCCACGCCGCAAAACAUCUACCCAGUUGACAACCCGAACCAGUCUCCGUGGGUGAUAGCUAUGCAGUCCAUCAACCAGUGCACGCUGUCGUCGUUUAUCAACGGCGUGUCAGUAGCGAUCGGGAUCUCGGCCGCGAGCUCGCAGCUGUACGCCUCCAGCAGGACCUUGUACUCAAUGGCAACGCAACAGAAAGCGCCAUCUAUCUUCACAUGGUGCAAUAGAAGCGGUGUGCCCUACAUGUGUGUUUUGUUCUGCGGGCUGCUGGGGUUUUUAAGCCUGCUGUGCCUGGAUAUUGACAGCGCCGAGGUGUUUUUCGACUUUGUCAGCAUCGGCGCGGUCGGUAGCAUCAUCGUGUGGCUGGGCAUGAACCUCUCAUAUUUGCGGUUCUACUAUGCGCUGAAGCAGCGGCCGGACAUAGUGUCGCGGGACGCGAAGGAGUACCCAUACAAGUCUCCGUGCCAGCCAUACCUUGCCAUCUAUGGCAUGGUGCUGGCGGUGGUGCUGAUAGUGUUCAAUGGGUUCCAGAACUUUUUCCAGUGGAACACCAAGAACUUUGUAACGAGCUACUUGACGCUGACCCUCUUCAUAGUGAUGAUGGUCGGGUAUGGCUGGGCGAAGGGGUCCAAGUUUAACAAGCUGGAGCAGAUGGACCUGGACUCGGGGCGCCGCGAGAUGGACCGCGUCAUCUGGAAAGAGGACCUGGAUUACUCUCCAAACUGGAAGGAGGCGUUCAACAAGCUGCUGAGCCACCUGUAG